GGGACUGUGCCAAAGCAGAAACGGAGGAGUUGAAUUUUUCCUCCUCGGCUGGGCGGUGGGAGGAGGUGGUGGACGGUGUUUAAAGGAGGAUAAACUGAGAUUGAAGCCGCCGUGGGGCACCGGGAGCCCCGUCUGCUGCUGCUGCUGCUGCCGCUGCUGCUGCUGCUGCGUAACCCCCCAGACAGCAUCAACAUGGAGCUGGAGAACAUCGUAGCCAACACGGUGCUGCUGAAAGCACGGGAAGGAGGUGGCGGGAACAGAAAAGGAAAAAGCAAGAAAUGGAAGCAGCUUCUGCAGUUCCCCCACAUAAGUUUGUGUGAAGAGCUGCGACAAACCACAGAGAAGGACUACAGCAGCCUCUGUGAGCGGCAGCCUAUCGGACGGUUGCUGUUCAGACAGUUCUGUGAGACUCGACCAGAACUGAGACGCUGCGUCAAGUUCCUGGAUGCUGUGGCGGAGUACGAGGUGACUCCAGAUGAGAAGAGGAAGGAUUGCGGUCAAGAACUCAUCGACAAAUACUUAAACCCAAAGUCGGAGGACCACGUGCCUGAGGUGGAGGAGGCCAUGAUGGCUCAGUGUGCCGAGAGGCUGCAGCAGGACGCCUGCAAAGAGCUCUUCAAGGACUGUACCAAAUUGAUCCACGACUACCUGAGCGUGGCGCCCUUCGCAGACUACCUCGACAGCAUGUACUACAACAGGUUCCUUCAGUGGAAGUGGUUGGAGAGGCAACCCGUGACGAAAAAUACAUUCCGACAGUACAGAGUUUUAGGGAAAGGAGGCUUUGGAGAGAAGAAGAGGAUAAAGAAGAGGAAAGGAGAGUCCAUGGCACUUAAUGAAAAACAGAUCCUGGAGAAAGUCAACAGCAGAUUUGUGGUGAGUUUAGCGUACGCCUACGAGACGAAGGAUGCUCUGUGCCUUGUGUUGACCCUCAUGAACGGAGGAGACCUAAAGUUUCACAUCUAUCACAUGGGCGACGCGGGCUUUGACGAGAAAAGAGCCGUCUUCUACUCUGCAGAGAUCUGCUGCGGGCUGGAGGACCUGCACCGAGAACGCAUCGUCUACAGGGACCUAAAACCAGAGAACAUCCUGCUGGACGACCACGGCCACAUCAGGAUAUCAGACCUGGGUUUAGCAGUCCAUGUACCAGAGGGACAGACCAUCAAGGGACGGGUGGGAACGGUGGGAUACAUGGCUCCGGAGGUGGUAAAAAACGAGCGUUACACCUUCAGCCCCGACUGGUGGGCGCUGGGCUGCCUGCUGUACGAGAUGAUCGAGGGCCAAUCUCCCUUCCAGCAGAGGAAGAAGAAGAUCAAGAGGGAGGAAGUGGAGCGGCUGGUGAAGGAGGUGGAGGAGGAAUAUUCCAGCAAGUUCUCAGAGGACGCCAAGUCCCUCUGUAAAAUGCUUCUGGCCAAAGAUCCCACAGAGAGGCUGGGUAGUCAGGGAGGUGGAGCCUCUGAGGUCAAAGCCCACCCCAUCUUCCGCUCCAUAAACUUCAAACGUCUUGAGGCCGGCAUGCUGCAGGCACCCUUCAUUCCUGAUCCGCAGGCCAUCUACUGUAAAGACGUGCUGGACAUUGAGCAGUUCUCUACUGUGAAAGGAGUGGAGCUGGAGCCCAAAGACGAGUCUUUCUACAGCAAAGUGUCCACAGGCAGCGUCUCCAUUCCCUGGCAGAAUGAGAUGAUUGAGACGGAGUGUUUCGCAGAGCUGAAUGUUUUCCACCAGGACGGGACGGUUCCUCCUGACCUGGACUGGAGAGGACAGCCGUCUCCUCCACCCAAACAGGGACUCCUCCAACGGCUGUUUGGCCGACAGGACUGCUGUGGUAACUGCAGUGACAGUGACGAGGAGCCCACCAGGCUGUGACACACACACACACACACACACACACACACACACACACACACAGGAUCUCAUUUGUUUACAAUUUUUGCACAUUUGUAUUUUUA